AUGGAGGGAGACGGGGGAGUGCUGGGGGCUACGGAGAGGGCGGCGAUGGAGGGCGCCUCCGGCAGCGGCGCCGCUGUCGCCGGCAGCGCCGUGGGGAGGGACGAAGGGAUGGUGGAGGAGGCCGACGGGCCCCGCGAUGCAAGAAUCGUGAGGGCGCUGCUGCGAUCGAUGGGCGUGGCGGAGUACGAGCCCCGCGUGGUGAACCAGUUCCUGGAGCUCUGGUAUCGCUACGUGGUCGACGUCCUCAACGACGCGAAUGUCUACUCCGAGCACGCCGGCAAGGGUGCCAUCGACCCUGACGACGUGAAGCUCGCCAUCCAGUCGAAGGUCAACUUCUCCUUCUCCCAGCCGCCCCCCCGCGAGGUGAGAAGUCUCUCAGAAGAUCCUUCAAAACCCUAGAUCGCCCUGUUCUACGGCUUUUUCCUCUAAACCAUAGCUUCUCAAUUGUACCCUUUUUCGCUCCGAUUUCUUCUCUUCGAGCCACUGCUUUGAAGGGAAUUGUUCUCUUAUGGGCCGAUGUCUGCCCUCUCGUAGGUGCUGCUGGAGCUGGCUCGGAUCAGGAACAAGGUUCCGCUGCCCAAAUCCAUUGGGGGACCUGGCAUUCCUCUGCCCCCGGAGCAUGACACUCUGAUCAGCCCCAACUAUCAGCUGUUUAUUCCGAGGAAACAGGUUUCGGGAUCGGCCGACGGGCCUGAGGAAGAAGACGAUGGCCCCUCCGCUCCUGCUGCUGUGAACCCACCGAAGCUUCCUCAGGACCACAGCGGUGGGCCAGGCGAUGUGCCAGUGCCCCAGCAGCAGCUGACGCCUCAGAGGGUAUCCUUUCCUCUGACGGCAGGGAAGCGUCCUAGGUGA